GAGGGAGAGUAGACGUCAGGAAGAGGGAGGAGGGAAGGAAGAGAGCGGGCAGAAAGGCAGAGCAGAGACCCGGAGAGCCCAGGAGAGAAAACGGCGGGGAGAGCCGCGAGGGCUAGAGAGCGAGGGGACGCGGGCAGCUCGAGGAGAGCUGCGGCGCGGAGGGCGGAGGGCGGGCUCCCAGCUCGGGCUCCGGCCCCCUCGCGCUCCCUAGCCAACUCCGGGCCCCGCGCGGGGCGGGCGGCCGGCGGAAGGCAGCAUGCUGAGCCUCCUGGUUUGGAUCCUCACCCUCGCCUACACUUUCUCCCAAGGAACCCAGACCCGCUUCAGCCAGGAGCCGACCGACCAGACUGUAGUGGCUGGGCAGCGAGCCGUUCUCCCCUGUGUACUACUUAACUACUCAGGGAUUGUGCAGUGGACCAAGGAUGGGCUGGCACUGGGCAUGGGCCAAGGCCUCAAAGCCUGGCCGCGGUAUCGGGUCGUGGGCCCAGUGGAUGCUGGCCAGUAUAACCUGGAGAUCACAGAUGCCGAGCUCUCUGAUGACGCCUCCUAUGAAUGCCAAGCCACUGAGGCUGCUCUGCGCUCCCGCAGGGCCAAGCUCACCGUGCUCAUCCCCCCAGAAGACAUCAAGAUUGACGGUGGGCCUGUGAUUCUACUGCAGGCAGGCAUACCUCACAACCUCACAUGCCGGGCCUUCAAUGCCAAGCCUGCUGCCACCAUCAUCUGGUUCCGAGAUGGAACACAGCAAGAGGGUGCUGUGGCCAGUACGGAACUGUUGAAUGAUGGGAAGAGAGAGACCACUAUCAGCCAGCUGCUCAUCAACCCCACGGAUCUGGACAUUGGGCGUGUCUUUACCUGUCGUAGUGUGAAUGAGGCCAUCCCAACUGGCAAGGAAACAUCCAUUGAACUGGACGUGCACCACCCUCCUACAGUGACCUUGUCCAUUGAGCCCCAGACGGUGCAGGAGGGUGAGCGUGUGGUCUUUACAUGCCAGGCUACAGCCAAUCCUGAGAUCCUGGGCUACAGGUGGGCAAAGGGAGGAUUCCUAAUUGAAGAUGCCCAUGAGAGUCGCUACGAGACCAAUGUUGAUUAUUCCUUCUUCACGGAGCCCGUGUCCUGUGAGGUUCACAACAAAGUGGGGAGUACCAAUGUCAGCACGCUGGUCAAUGUUCACUUUGCCCCCCGCAUUGUCAUCGACCCCAAGCCCACGACCACAGACAUUGGCUCUGAUGUGACCCUCACCUGUGUCUGGGUGGGGAAUCCCCCCCUCACUCUCACCUGGACUAAAAAGGACUCAAACAUGGGGCAUAGGCCUCCUGGCUCCCCACCCGAGGCUGCUCUCUCUGCCCAGGUCCUGAGUAAUAGCAACCAACUGCUUUUGAAGUCAGUGACCCAGGCAGAUGCAGGCACCUACACCUGCAGGGCCAUCGUACCUCGGAUUGGUGUGGCUGAGCGAGAGGUGCCACUUUAUGUGAACGGGCCUCCCAUCAUCUCCAGUGAGGCAGUGCAGUAUGCUGUGAGGGGUGAUGGUGGUAAGGUAGAGUGUUUCAUCGGGAGCACGCCGCCUCCAGACCGUAUUGCCUGGGCAUGGAAAGAGAACUUCCUGGAGGUGGGGACCCUGGAACGUUACACAGUGGAGAGGACCAACUCCGGCAGUGGAGUGCUGUCUACACUCACCAUCAACAAUGUCAUGGAGGCUGACUUCCAGACCCACUACAACUGCACAGCUUGGAAUAGCUUUGGGCCUGGAACAGCCAUCAUCCAGCUGGAAGAGCGAGAGGUGUUACCUGUGGGCAUCAUUGCUGGUGUCACCAUCGGUGCAGGCAUCCUGCUUAUCUUCUUCUUCAUCGCCCUUGUGUUCUUUCUCUACCGGCGUCGCAAAGGCAGCCGCAAGGAUGUGACCCUGAGGAAGCUGGACAUCAAGGUGGAAACAGUGAACCGAGAGCCUCUUACCAUGCAUUCUGACCGGGAGGAUGACACCGCCAGCAUCUCCACAGCAACCAGAGUCAUGAAGGCCAUCUACUCAUCCUUCAAGGAUGAUGUGGACCUGAAGCAGGACCUUCGUUGUGACACCAUUGACACACGGGAGGAGUAUGAGAUGAAGGACCCCACCAAUGGCUACUACAACGUGCGUGCCCACGAGGACCGCCCAUCUUCCAGGGCAGUGCUGUAUGCUGACUACCGGGCCCCUGGCCCUGCCCGCUUCGAUGGCCGUCCCUCUUCCCGUCUCUCCCAUUCCAGUGGCUAUGCCCAGCUCAACACCUACAGCCGGGCCCCUGCCUCCGACUACUGCUCUGAGCCCACUCCCUCUGGCCCUGCUGCCCCCACUGGCACUGACACAGCCAGCCAGCUGUCCUACGAAAACUAUGAGAAGUUCAACUCCCAUCCUUUCCCUGGAGCCACAGGAUAUCCCACUUAUCGACUAGGAUACCCACAGGCACCACCCUCUGGCCUGGAGCGGACCCCAUAUGAGUCCUAUGACCCCAUUGGCAAGUAUGCCACAGCCACCCGCUUCUCUUACACCUCCCAGCACUCAGACUAUGGCCAGCGGUUCCAGCAGCGCAUGCAGACUCACGUGUAGAGCCAGGCCUUUCUGGGCAUCUCUGCGGGCAGAGGAGAGGGCUCUCCCGGCUUUCCCUGAUAUUCAGGGGCGUUGCUCCAUGAUGCCACCCUUGACCAGAAUUUCUCCCUCCUCCCUCCUCCCACUGCAGCAGGUGGGGAGCAGGUCUCCCGGAAACACCCCAUCCCAAGGAUGGUGCUGUAUGCAUGCCCCGCUCCUGGGCCUGCCAUACCCUCGUCUUCUGGAGGACUUGUCUCUCCUCACCUACUUUCCUGCCUGACAGAAUGAUGAGGGAGGUUGGAGGGGACACUUUUUAGCAUCAUCUUUCUACCCCACCCAUUCAUUGAACAGAGAGCUAUGUGGAGCCAUGUGGGCUCCAGCACAGAGAGGUGGAAAUAGUACAGCUUCACUCUUUCUCCCCAUCUGUGCUGGAUCCCCCACAUUUUUUCCCACUUUGGUGGGAAAAGAAGAUUAGGAUACAUGUCGCUUCAUCAAGACAGUGCUGUGCUGUCUAGAAAUUUCCAGAUUCCAGGUUUUCUUAGGAAAACUGACUCAAGUCCCCUUUUAAAUAUAGUAAAAUGAAAACUUCAUUUGGGAAAGGGGGGGGGGAAGCCUGUAGGGAUCUUCCCACCCAAACACAAGUUUGAAGAGAAAGAAAAGUGACUACCCCAUUAGAAUCCUACCAUUAUGUCUCAAUCUCCAUUGAAUCCAUUUGUAUAUAUGCAAGUGGUGAGAUAAACUCUGAGGGCCUUCACGGGCUGGCUCUUGUACCUGCGGUCCUACUCUGGACCCACCAGCUAUUCAGAGAGGCUAUCUUCCAAGGGGCUUGGGAAAUGUUCUCCUUAGAUGGGUUUGGAUUGGUUAAAUUUUUUUUUUGGACCAAUCAGAUUCCUUCUUCUACUUCUAGUGCCUUGAGUGCCCAGGAGGGCUUUGGUUGACCAGCCCUGUGUGGGCAACCGUGCAGGAAUGGGCAUGUGAGUCCCCCACCUCCUUCUAUGCUGAGGGUUAGAAGAGUGAGAGGGGGCCUAGUCAGAGGAAGAUCUGACUGGUUGAGGUGACAUAGAAGGGCACUGCAAUCUGUCAAGACCCAUGCCAUCCCCCCAUACACAGCCACAUAUCCACAUGUACAUUCUACGUGACCUUGACCAAAGAGAGUGCUCCUGUCCUGGCCUCCCCUGUUCAAGAAGCAAAAUACGGGACUGACCACUUUUCCCCUUAUCUCAAACAGCUCAGCCCCAUGAUGAAGGGUCUCUAGUGCAAUUUCCAGAAUGUGUUCUGCUCUUUCUGAUGGUCAUGCUCACUUUAAUGAGUCACAUAUUCAUCAGUCACCAACCAUCAUCAUGUUCUGGGUAGGUGUGGAGGGUGGUAUUCCUCACCACCUGCUCAGGUCAAGACCCAUUAAUACCCCCAGAAGAAAGUAGCCCUUGUUCCAGUCUCCCAGCUGCUCUGAAUCCUCAGCCUUCCAAGAGGCAGCACACAGGUUCCUAGCCAUAUUCUGCCUCUAGGAGCUGACACUUUGCUGUUAAGUCAGUCUGUGUAAACUUGGUGAGAAGGCCUGUUAAAGAUGCAGGUUCUUGUGUGGACAAAUGUGCAUAUUCUGAUUAGUUUCACAGAAACCUAAAGAUGAAGCCAUGAGUAGUCCAACAUUCAAGGUUAAGGAUGGUGGCUUUUGAAAUAGGAGUAGUCCUGCACCCAAAACUCAUGUUUCCUUGGGCUUUAACCACGUUCUCUCCUUUUAGUUUUCCUUCUGUUUGGUUUUGUGUUGGGGCCAUUCUGUUCAAAUAUCAAAGCAGAGAAGGCUCAUUCUCUGUCCUUUAACACACUGUCCAAGCUCUCCUAGGCAUCAUAUGGUGACCAGGCAGCUGCAGCCAGUCUUUCCCCACAACUUGCAUGAUGGUCUGAUCAGAAUCUGAUGGACUCUGUUUUCUCUACUGUGGAUGCCCUUGGACAUAGCUUUGUUCUCAGACUGGUAUUCUCCAGGGUGGACCUCAGUGCUUCAUGUGGUCACCUUAGUGGUCUUUAUUGCCUCUGCCUUAUUGUCUCUGACAGUAAGAAGAGCCAGGGGCUAGGGGUUAGGUAACCUGGAAUCCAGGUCCCAUUUCUUGAGUGACCUCUACCUAGUCUUCAUUGUCCCUGGUCCUCUAGCUUGUAAAAUGAGGGAAAAGGCUGGUGCAGACCUGGAGAGUGAUGGAGGCUGGGCUCCAUCCAGGGUCACACACAUGACUAUCAAGUGAGCUAUUUUCCCACCCUGGAUCUCUGUUCUUGCUCUAGUCAUGUAUAAGGGGGACUGGGAGGAGGGAGGGUUGACCAUCCUGGCAAGAAGUCAGGAACACAGCUGAGAAGAAUGAGGAGUGAGGAAGCCAAGUAAUUCUCUUCUCUUGAAUCUUUCACCUGUGGACUUAAUCAUCUAGUCACAAGUUUUAUCAGUGAGUUUCCACUAAGGAUUCUUUAUACCCAAACAGCCACCAUACUCCGACUCUAAACUUCAUUGAAAUUGUUUCAGGGAGAACCUUUCUUUGACAGCUGUGUAGCUGGUCCUCUCCAUCCAAAACCCUGGCACCUUUGCAAAAGUGUUUGUAUUGGGAACAAACAUGGUGAGUCUCCCUUUGUGUGCCCAAGUUCCAGGCAACUUCCCUCUUCUCUGGGCAGGUGGAGAGUGAAAGGAGCAACUCUUCACCCUACUUCCAGGAGCACUGGCCUGGCCUGGGAAGUUGCUACCUAAGCUCAGCCUGCAGGCUAAGUUGUCUUGAGCUGGAGGGCAGGGGCAGUGCAACCACUUCUCUGAAAAAGGGCAGUUUGUAGGGGAAUACAGAUCUGGAUUGCAGAAAGGCCCUUGUGAUACUAUGAGUCAGUCUUUCUAGAGUGUCAGCCUGUAGGACCCCUCUGAAUCCAGCCAUUGAGACUGGAAGAGUCAAAAUCCAAAUUAAGUCAAAAUGCAUGAUGACCAGAGACCAAGCAAGCAGCAUGGUAACAACAUGAGAAUGCUUGUCCGGCUGCAUCCCUCAAUAGAUGUGGAACUGCCUCCUUCUGUCCUGGGGUGUCUGUCUUCAUUAUCCAGUGGGUCUGUUUCAGCAGUGUAGAAAUACUAGUUGGGAAAAAGGCCAUGAUAAAGUACUGUCCUAUUUGUACUUCUAUGAAAACCUCCACCUCACUCAGCAGUAGGGAUAGCUGUCCCCACAAUUACACUCCCAAGGUCAGUACAACCUUAGAAACCCUGGCUUCAUCGCUGAGUGCUGUGUUCUGAGCCAAGGCACUGCUCUCCCUCAACAGGCCCAUCUAUGAGUUGAGGGAGAGGCACUAGCAAUGCUGCUGAUCCUGUGGGACCAGGAGGAGGUGAUAAUGCAGCACUGAAGUAUACAGGCCAAGAGAUGUGACUGGGAGCAUUUGUUUUGUGAAGAGGCAAUAAAGUCAGCACUCAAAUAUGCCAUUCCUUUCUCCCCCCCCCCCCCCCAUUUGCCUAUGCUCACAAUAAUGUAGAGGUGGUUGAGGUGAAAUGGAUUGAUCUCAUUUUUGUGAGCUUGAGUUGAUGUUCUACCUCAAGGUCAACAAAAAAGAGGAAAGACAUGAGGCUUGAGUGAUUUCUAAAAUUUUGGAGUACAGAACCCUGAUUUCUUGCAUCACUGUGAGGGGCUUCAGGCCCUGUUUUGUUGUUGUUGUUUGUUUGUUUUUCUUUUUUUGAGGUAAAAUGCUUCAAAAAGCCCGCAGGUCACAGUGGGUGGUUCUAGCACAAGCCUGCCUUUAGAAAUGAUAACUCCAUUUACAAAGAACUCAUUCCUUCCAUUCUGUUAAUGCUGAAUCUGAGGACCAUAACCACUGAGCUGUUGGGCUCAUCUCUCUACUUCUGGAGAACUCAGAUGCUGCCCAUAGAACACCCUUAACUGGGCAGAGAACAGCCAAGUUGCCAAUACAAUCAAACUCUAAACACAAUCUUCUUAGCAGUAGUGACCCAGAGAUCUGCCUCCAGAUUCAACAAGAAAUGUCCAAAGCUCUGUGUGGUUACUUUUUCUAGCCCUAACCAUUCUUAGCAUUUCAAGCUCCAUUUCUGGCUCCAAUAGAAUUUUCUCCACUCAAACCCAAAUAAAUGGAUCCAUGAUGACAAUUAAAAGAAAAAAAAAUAUAUAUAUAUAUAUAUAUAUUAUUUUUGUUAAAACCAUCGUAGAUUUUUUUAGCAAUGUGUAUUUGUGCAUUCCUCACACUUUUUCCUAUUCUGCCUUUUCUCAUUUCCUUUUUUUUAAAAUAUUAUGUACUAUAUUUUCAGUCUUGAACAUACUAUAUAUUAUAUAUAUUUAAUUUUUUUAUAUAUAUAAACAUAAAUGUUUUUAAAAGUA